GUUCUCCGAUAUAUCGCAAGGCGUCCGAAGAGUCUGGAGAGGAAAAAGGAAAUUUUUCCUGUCAGGGCGGAAAAGGAGUGAAAAACCUUGGAAAAAAUUUGUGCACUUUGCCAUGGCGAAUCAGAGGAAGAUUGAAGAGGCCCUGGAACACAUUCGCCAGGCGGAGAAGAGCAUGAAGACGGGGUUCCUCAAGUGGAAGCCCGAUUACGAUGUGGCUGCUGAUGAGUACCAAAAAGCAGGUGUGGCGUAUCGCAUAGCAAAGCAGUAUGACAAGAGUUUUGAGUGCUUCAUGAAGUGUUCCCACCACUACAAGUUGAAUCGUUCGUGGUUCCAUGCAGCCAAGGCACUGGAACUGGCUAUGCAGCCCAUGAAGGAGAUGGGAAAGUAUAAGGAUCUCCCAGAGGUUGUGGUGGAAGCGGCGAGUCUCUAUCAGCAGCAUGGGUCUCCGGAGGCGGCAAUCACAGUGCUGGAGAAAUCGUCGAAGUUCAUGGAGAGUCACAUGCCUGACAUGGCAAUCGGGCUGCUCAACAAGGCCGUGGAUAUCGUGAUGACUGAGGACUCCACGCGACAGGGAAUCGAAUACCUCAGCCGCCUGGCGCGUCUGAUGGUGAAGUAUCAGUUUUACGACGAGGCCACGGACAUCAUCCGGCGAGAGAUCAUUCUGAACCAGCAAUCGGAGACCUUCCAGGCGAUCGGACGACUGGCCGUUGUUUUAGUGCUGGUGCAACUGGCCAGGGCGGAUUAUGUAGCUGCCGAGAAGGCGUUUAAGGAGUGGGGUAACUUCUGCGAGCCCUCAGAAAUUCAGACGCUCGAAAUGCUCCUCCAAGGCUUCGAUGACGAAGAUCCAGAUUUGGCACGCCAGGCGCUCAUGUCGCCCUUCAUUCGUCACAUGGACGUUGAAUACUCGAAAUUGGCGAGAGAUUUGCCACUGCCCAGUGGGCUGUCCACCGCCCCAAAAGCCAGUGUCAUCGAGAACGCCGCGGCAUCUUACAAAUCCCCAAACGCUCCGCCAGGAGAGAAUCCCUCGGACAGCGGCAGGAGUUUUCCCAACUCGGACGACAUCGAAGAGGGUGGAUUGUGUUAGUGGGAACAAGCCCGCUUUAUGGAUCUCCCUUCAAUUUUCUCUCUGUAUCUCUCAACGACUCCCAGGAACGCCGUGCUCGCAGCGGAAAUCCUCCCGAUAUGCUUCAAAAACACACCCAGAUAUUUAAAAUAUGGUACACAUUUUCUUAUCUAAAUAUCAUUUAAUUGAGCAUUAGAAAUUAAAUUGGGAAUUCGGAGACUGUUUGAGAAGGAACGCAAUCAUUCCUUCUGUGAGUAUAUUUACCAUUUUAUACAAUAAUAUUAUUAUUUUCUUUAACUCCUUUAUCUUCAUUCUUGAAGAACUUGGCCUCGUUUCCCAUCUUUCGUAACAAAUUAUUUUAUCAUAAUAUAUUUUUUAAUCUCUUCUUAUUACUUGUGAUAGUCGCGAUGCGGUUUUCAGUUUGAAUAGAUAAAAUACUAGUGGUACAAAAUGAUGAUUUUCCUCGAUAAAAGGGAAGGUUUAACAAAAGAAAAGAGUUCACAAUAUGUCCACAGUUGUAAAUAGUGAGGAAAAAAAGAGUUGAAUUGAUAACAAAGAGAAACAGAAAACUAAAAUAAUAGAAAAGAAUAUAUUUUCGCUUAAAGUGAAUAUUUUAUUCCAAUUUUAAAUAAGAAAACAUAUUUAAACGUUGAAGCAAGAAAAAUAUGAAAUUAUUCACACCUCAAAAGUGUCAGUGUGUAACGUUGUAAUCUAAUUAUGAAAUCUUAAUAAUAAAGAAGAAAAAACUGCUGAAAAUUAUCUAGUCACUUUGACAAAUUGAGAAUGUUAUCAGCGCAUGAGAAAUAAAGAAUUUCCGUUGUCAAUACAUUUGUCUCAUGUUUGUUCUUUUAGUGUUUUAAUUUCCCACCGAUUUGGCACUAAUUUCGAAGGGUGGGUCUCUUUAUGAUUGGGGUUAUCACGAGGUUUUGGCAUCGCACCUUGUAUCAGGAGUGAGUGAACAUUGUUCAAUAAAUUGCUCAAGUUAGAACUGUUGUCUACACUUGUAAUAUUGCGUGUCGACAAUUUGCUAAAACAGCAAAGAACAACACCUUCAAUAGUAUCAUGAAACUGCAACGGAGUAGAAUAAUUUGCACUGAAAGUAGCUCCGCCCACUCUAAAAUUUCGUCCUUUAUCAUAUAUCGUUCGUACCUAAAAUCCCUCAGUAAUAAUAAGAAUAGUAAUAGAAAUUAAUAUGGACUUAAAUAU